CUUCCGCUUCCUUUUUACGCCUGGCAAUCCAGUCGGUGGUUCUGUGAACCAGAUAGGUAACAAAGAAAUCGCGACACAUCCGUCAAAAUGAUUAUUUACAAGUGCAUUGUUACAGGUGAUGAACUUUUCACUGACACAUUUCCCGUGGCAAAGAUUGAUGGGUUCUACAAAGUCAAGGGCAAGCAUGUGACCAGGUCUGAUGCUGUGGAUGAGAGGUUGCUUGGAGCUAACCCAAGUGCUGAGGAGGCCACAGAACAGGCAGAUGCCUCUGCCACGUCUGGUAUUGACGUUGUUGUAGAUGGCAGGCUGGUGGAGACUGGUUUUGGCUCAAAGAAGGAUUUCGUAGCGUACUUCAAGUCAUUUGUCAAAGUUCUGUUGGAAAAGAUCAAGGAGACUCAGCCCGGCAGAGACACAGAAGCGUUCCAGGUGUCUAUACAAAAAGCCUUCAAGGAAGCUUUGGCAAUGUACAAAGAUUUGCAGUUUUACCAAGGAGAGUCAAUGGAUCCAGAUGGUACCAUGGUCCUUUUGAAAUGGGAGACACCAGAGGGGGAGACAGAUGAAAUCCCUUACUUUUACUUUUUCCAGGAUUCUAUAAAGGAAGAAAAAGUGUAACAACUGGGGAUUGUAGGAAUUUGUAUUUUCCUGUGUGCUGAGCAAGAUGUUGUUCCAAGGCCAUCUACCAUCUUUAUCAUGACCUUCUUUUGGCACUUCAUCGCAGAAGGGACAUAACCCUUUCUUUUGGUGUGUUUUGGAUCUAUUUACAGCUUUGCAUUUAUGUCCCGGGAGCCAAAGAUAAUGUAACGCUGAAAAAUAAAUAACCCCUUUUUUGUGGACUUUUAUAAGUUGCCUUUUUUUCCCCCUCCUUACGGGGAACUGCUUACCUCCAGGCCCUUUUUCUGCUGACGCAUCAUUUAGUUUCUAGUCCAAAUUCCACUGACAUCUGUUAUGUGAAAAGUUUGUUACAUCUUUUACCUGUACUUACACCGUGGGGGUGUAGCGAUGGACUUGGGGUACUGGCGCCGAGAGAAGUUAUACGUGGUACAUUUGUGGUACCUAUAAUUUCAUUGGGUGGCAGUGGGCUUUGUCAUUGAAUGUACCUAAAUAAACAAUAAAUUAUGACUCAAACUA